AUGAUCCUUCCACUCACCUCCCUCGCCCUCAGCGCAAUCAUCCUCUCCGCCGCACCCCUAGCCUUCUCCCUCUCCGCGUCCUCCAUACCCGCCGACACACCCAUAUCCCAGCUCAUCUCCUCCGCAAAUACGAACCUAGCCGCCGGCAACGCCCAGGACGCAUUGACAUACUUCGACAUUGCCGUGUCCCGCGACCCGCAGAACUACCUCACCCUCUUCAAGCGUGGCGCAACCUACCUGUCUCUCGGCCGCAACACCCAGGCGCAGCAAGACUUCGACAGAGUCUUGGCGAUCAAACCCGACUUUGAGGGCGCAUUGUUACAGCGGGCAAAGAUAAAAAGCAGGAAUGGCGACUGGGAAGCCGCGCGUGCGGACUUCGAGGCUGCGGGCAAAACAGGCGGGCAGGAGAUCGCAGAACUGCUGGAGGCGCGGGAAGCGUCGAGGCUGGCGACAGAGGCGGAGAGGAAGGGCGACUGGGAAGCGUGCGUCAGCCAGGCUGGGCUUGCGGUCAUGACGGCGGGGUCGGAUCUGGCGCUGCGGAAGCUGAGAGCAAGAUGCAGGUUGGAGAAGGGCGAGGUGGUUGAGGCGCUCAGCGACCUGCAACACGUCCUCCAGAUCGCAUCAGGCUCAAUCGAACCGCACCUGCAGGUCUCCGCGAUGAGCUUUUACUCUCUUGGCGAGACAGACAAGGGGCUCUCGCAACUGGCCAAAUGUCUGCAAUCAGACCCAGAUUCGAAAGCUUGUAUGAAGCUUAGGAAGAGGGAGAAGGCACUCGACAAGAGAUUGAAGAACGUGAAGCAGUUGAUGGAGAAGCGGCAAUUCAACAGCGCGGCCCAUCAGAUGAUUCCGAUGGGGGACGCUCCAGGACUGAUCCAGGAGGUCAAGGAAGAUGUCGAGAAAUACAAGGGCGAGGGCAUCAUCCACCCUAAAGCACCCAGUGGACUGUACGGCAGUCUUGUCGAAAUGACCUGCGAAGCCUACAUGGAAAUGAACAACAACAAGCGCGCGCAGCAGUAUUGCGAGGAUGCCCUAGCACUCAACCCUACCUUCUUGCACGGUCUCAUCCACAAAGCACAGCGCCACCUUGACAACGACGAUUUUGACGCCGCCAUCCACACUCUCAACGAAGCCAAAGAACACCACGGCAACAACCAAAAGAUCCAGAAACUGCUAAACGAAGCCCAGACGCUCCUCAAGCGCUCCAAGCAGAAAGACUACUACAAAGUCCUCGGCGUCUCGCGCGACGCCGACGACCGCGAAAUCAAGCGCGCCUACCGCAAGCUCAGCAAGCUGUACCACCCGGACAAGGCUUCCCAGCAGGGUAUUACGAAAGAGGAGGCGGAGAAGAAGAUGGGGGCUAUCAACGAGGCGUAUGAGGUUCUCAAGGACCCUGAACUGAAGGCGAGGUUUGACAGGGGUGAUGAUCCGAAUAACCAGGAGCAAGGUCAUCCGUUCCAGGGAAGUCCGUUUGGCGGUCAGGGCGGCGGGCCGCACUUUGUGUUCAAUCAGGGGCCGGGUCAGGGGUUCAAGUUUGCGGGCGGUCAGGGCGGCUUUCAGUUUCCGGGAGGCUUUGGUUUUCCUUAA